AUGUUCCGACGUUUUUUCUCCCUUCUUGGACUGUCGUCGCUGGUGGCGGCGGUCAAUCUCACCGGCUACGAGUAUAUCGUGGUGGGACCUGGCGCUGGCGGAGGUCCUCUGGCCGCGCGACUGGCCCUUGCAGGUCACAAAACGCUGCUGAUUGAGGCGGGCGACGACCAGGGCGACAGCUACAAUUACACCGUGCCCGCUUUCUCUGUCAAGUCGUCCGAGGAUGAAGCCAUGGCGUGGAACUUCUUCGUGCGUCACUACGCCGACGACGAGCAGCAGGCGCGCGACUACAAAACCACCUACACCACUCCGGAGGGCGGCGAGUAUACGGGGUUGCAUCCCCCCGACGGCUCGACCAUCAAAGGCACGCUGUACCCUCGCGCCGGCACACUCGGCGGCUGCACCGCCCAUAACGCCCUCAUCACCAUCUACCCCUACCAGUCCGACUUCGACUCCAUCGCAUCUCUCACCGGCGACUCGUCGUGGUCCGCAGCCAACAUGCGCAAGUACUUCACGCGCCUGGAGAACACUGGCUACCUACUGCCCAUCACCCCGGGCCACGGCCGCGAUGGAUGGCUGCACACCGACGUCGCGCCGGUCAGCCUCAUCCUGCAAGAACCGCAGCUCCUCAGUCUCUUCCUGGGCGGCGCCUUCGCCCUCGGAAACCUCACCGACAACGUCAUCAACCUGGCCACGCUCCUCGCCGGCGACGCCAACAAGGACUCGGCCACCCGCGACUCCAAACCGGGCUACUACCAGAUCCCCAUCGCCAGCAAGGACGCGCAUCGCAACGGACCUCGCGAGUUCCUGCACGCCGUCCACUCCGCCACCACUGCCAACGGCGCCAAAAAGUACCCCCUCGACAUCCGCACCAACUGCUUCGUCACCAAAGUCACCUUCGACGACUCCUCUCCUCCACGGGCCACCGGCGUCGAAUUCCUCGACGGUCAGUACCUCUACCGCGCCAGCCCUCGCUCCUCGCCCUCCAACACCGGCACUCCGGGCUCUGCCACUGCCUCCCGCGAAGUCCUCGUCGCCGGCGGCGUCUACAACUCCCCCCAACUGCUCAAACUCAGCGGCAUCGGGCCCAAAGCCGAGCUGCAAUCCCACAACAUCCCCGUCAUCUCCGACCUGCCCGGCGUAGGCACCAACCUGCAAGACCACUACGAGAUCGCCGUACAAGGCCACCCGCCCAAGAAUUACAGCAUCCUGAACGGGUGCACCUUCGCCGACUCCCCCGCCGACGACCGCUGCCUCUCGCGCUGGGAAAACCCCAUCCUCGGCUCGCACGGCAUCUACGCCUCCGCCGGCGCCGGCGCCGCAAUGUACCACACCUCCAGCCAAGCCAGCAGCUCCGACUUCGACCUGUUGGUCUUCGGCGCCCCCGCCAACUUCCGCGGCUACUUCCCAGGCUACGCAGAGGAGGCAAUCGCCCGCCAUGACUGGUUCACCUGGACGAUUCUGAAAUCUCACCCGCGCAACACCGCAGGGACCGUCAUACUUCGGUCCGCCGACCCUCUCGACGUGCCUGACAUCGCAUUCAACUACUUCGAGACCGGCGCGGCCGCGGACCUCGACGCCCUCGCCGAGGGCGUGCAACUCGCCAGAGACGCAUUCACCCGCCAGCUCCUCCCCGUCGACGAGGUCCUCCCCGGUGAGGGAGUUAAGUCCCGGGAGCAGAUCCACCAGUAUGCGCGGGACACGGCGUGGGGACACCAUGCGUCGUGUACGUGUCCGAUCGGGGCGGACGACGACCCGAUGGCGGUGCUGGAUUCGCAGUUUCGGGUCCGAGGCGUGAAGGGGCUGAGGGUUGUUGAUGCGUCGGUUUAUCCGCGCAUUCCCGGGACGUUUACGGCGUUGUCCACGUAUAUGGUUGCGGAGAAGGCGGCGGAGGUGAUUUUGGAGGGGGUGUAGGUUGCCUCUGGUUAGCCGGAGGACUGUAUAUAACUGCUAGAAGGUG